CACGUGGUUCAAUGCGAGAUUUUCGAGUUGACAACUGCUCCAUGCCGAUGGCGGUGGAAAGGAUGUGAUGCUGCACUGGAUGUACUGUACGUCUGGUUAUCACGGAGGAGAAUAUUCUAUGACAUUGAAGGAAUAUUUAGUGAGAAAGUGCCAAGAUGGCCGACUCUGAUGGAACAGGGAGCUGUGACGGAAACCAUCAUCCCAGUGAAGCUGAUAGUAUUAGUUUUGAGGAAAUCAACACCUUGAGACAAACUGAGGAAUUAGGGGGAGGCAUUUCUCCACUGUAUAACCCCUGGACUCAGUUCACUGGUAUGCCUACUCACAACAUUUCAGAGUCAGCUGGAACGUUUGCAUGGGAUGUUUUCACACCUUCCAGUACCUCUAAUUCCCCUUAUGGUGCCUCUAUAGGAGACCUGGAUAUUAGUAGUCACAGAAAUUUCCUGUCAAAUUGUCAAAAUUUACUAUCUGGUAUUGGAACUACCCCCCCUGUUGAAGUUCCAAUACAGGAGAGUUUUAGUCCACCGGAAACACUUAGCCCCAGCUUUCAAGAAAAUGCCAAAGAGGGAAAGGAAAAAUAUGCAGAAGCUGUAGCCAAUUGGAAAUCCUUGUAUGACCCUUUUGGAACCCCUGAACCACUGUCAAAAGAUCACAGUACUGGUACCAGUGUAGAAAACACCGAGAGACUACUAAAUGCUGGAACGACUAACAGCAAACCUACCUAUUCUGACAUUGCUAAAGCACUUAAAGCAAAGCCAAUGCAAAGUCCGUCUGGUAAAGACACAGAAGAGUCUGAUACAGUGAAGAAGAAAUUAGCUGAUCCAGUAAGUAAACCAUACAAACCACACGUUUUGAUCAGACGGCCACACACACAACGCCAGCAUUCCAAAAGUCUGUCUGGUCAUGGAGACGACAUGGAGUCCAAGGUUUCUCCCGAUUCCAAAUAUGGCCUUGACCAAUUUGAAGACUUAAACUCCAGUGAUGGUGGAGUCGACAAACACAAUGGUGUGAGUAUGGACAGUAUCCCGCUACUGACGAGGAAAGGAAGCACCAGCAGCAUGAGCAGUGGCACCAGUGGUAUAGAAGACAUCUCCUUGACAUCUGGUCGAACUGCCUGCAGUGUCAAACACGAAGAGAGUGUCAGCAAACUGAGAUCUCAGUCUGAUGCUUCGUCAGAAAGAGUAGUAAAUAAUACUAAAAGUUCCGCUUCAAAAUCCUUCUUUGAUGCUAGAAGGAUUUUUCAGACAAAAGAAAAAAGAGCACCAGAGACAUGUUCAGGAGCCUCCACCACAAUGCUCAACAAUGGGAAGCCUGCUAGUGGUACCAAAUCUUCAUCGUCGGCUCACAAAAAGUCAACAGAGUUCAUCAACAAUGACCUGAGAGACUCGACAAGAAAGAGGACUAAUCAAAAUGCACAAUCCAAAGACUCGGAAUGUAAAAAACAUGAAAACAUUGUGCAGAAUGGGAAGGCUGACAAAAAAUCUAGACACUCCAGUGCUCAUUAUACAGCAGAUUCCACAGGUCCUGGUCCUGCCACCAGGAACGGUAGAGGUGGUCGCAGACCCAUGUUUCUGGAGUCGACAUUUGACCAGGAAUACAUAGAUGAAUGGAUUAACUAUGUUUAUGACAAGGUGCGGUACCUUCUCUCCAUCCUCUGGUCCACUCUGGUCACAACACUGCUUCUUGUCUUUGGACUAAUCAUCUACCUAGUCAAUUUGAUUGUUCAUGUGGUUGGUAUUGCUUGGUCAAAGAUUUCUUACCUAGUGAAAACCUAUAUUUUGAAAAGAUAUUUUAAAGAUACCAAUUCCUGGCCACCAGGAAGUGGAACACGAAAAAUUGGACUGGAAGAAAGCAUACCUUUGCCCUCAACAGGUGAUGAAGCCAUGCAGAGGCUUUUAGCUUGUAAGGGGAAAGAUCCAUACAGUAUAUUAGGUCUACGCUCUGAUGCCUGUGAUGACGAUAUUAGAAAAUAUUAUAGAAAACAAGCUGUUCUUGUGCAUCCAGACAAGAAUAAGCAGCCAGGUGCAGAAGAGGCCUUUAAGAUUUUAGGACAUGCUUUUGAGUUAAUUGGUGAACCGGAAAAGCGCAAAAGUUACGAUUUUGAAGCUACAGAGGUUGAAGUGGUUUUAAAAGACCUGUUGACAAAAUUACAAGAGGCAGCUAACAUGAUGCGUUGUGACAACUGUGGAGGGAAACACAGGCGAACAUUAAUUGAUCGACCCUGGUAUAGUGCCCGUUUCUGUAAGAGAUGUAAUAUACGCCACUCGGCUAAGGAGGGUGAUGUUUGGGCAGAGACUUCCUAUUUAGGUUUCCUGUGGCAUUACUUUGCAUGCAUGGAAGGACAAAUUUAUGACAUUACAGAAUGGGUAGCAUGUAAGAAGGAUUUCUUUAAACAUAUGCAAGCCAGUGCCCAUCAUGUGUUCUAUAGGAUAGCAACGGAAGGCAGUCGUGGAAAUUCCAAUCAACAGAGAACAGGGGAAGCGGAUUUAGAAGAUUUCAUCAAUCAUUUAUUCCAUCAAGCCAUGCAUACAGACGGAAACGGUAACCAAUGGCAACAACCUCAGACCCCUCAGCCUCCUCCCUCACAGAACGGUCCGACCUGGAAUACUUCAACCACCACAGGAAAGAAGGGACGAAGAAGGAAGAAGAAGCAUUAGUAGCAUUGUCUAUACCCAUACAUAUUUAUAAUGUCUACCGGUGCUGGUGCUUGUCUGUUGACGAUCAGCUCUUCACAUCCAAAAACCUUAUAUGGCUGGUGUCUGUUUAAGCUCGAUACAUAGUUUAAGCUGUAUUAUGGUCAGACACAAUGUUUUACUGUUAAGUGGAAGUUUUUUAGUGGGUGUACAAUUUUUGCUUUUGACUUGCCUCCAAUUGUUUAUGAUGUGAACAUUUUUGCAUUGGUUAUGCUGCAAUAAAUAUUAUCUGAUUGAAGAUGUACAAAGUACAUAUCUUCCGUGCUGAUUUUGUUAUGGAUAUCGGCUUAAAGAAUUCACGGCACAAGAGUUUCCAUAUUUACAGUUUUAUGUACUAGGUAAAUACAAAAAUACUUGCCAGAACAUUAUCAUAGUAAAGGUUGUAUACUUAUAUUAAAAAUGUCAUUGUGAUAUUUUAUGGAUAUAUUAUGGGAGGAUUACUUUUGUUUUCUUCAUAGUAAGUAUUUUUUCAAAUCACCUUAUUUGUGAAAAUGAAGUGAAUUGAAUUAGGGCUAUUCCAAGAAAAACAUUUUAAAUGUGACGGGCAAUUGUUGGUGAUUUUCUCCAAAAUUGAAAAAAAUAAGACAAAGAGAAGCCUUAAGCAAGCAUGUAUUUAAUGCAAGUUGUUGGAUAUAUUUCAAUAGGAUCCAUGAUUCCUUUCUUUAGGUAUAUUAUCCUAUAUUAAAUUGAAUUUUUCAAACAUUUCAAUUUUUACCAUGUUGGUCAAGUGAACAGUGACACAGCAAUGAAAAGAAAAUGUAUUAUUACCCCUAAACUAUAAACAUUGCUACUUGUCUGUCAUAACCAUGGUAACGUUUUGAGUUGGAUAAGAGUGAAGAGCUGGUUUUGAUCAGACAGUGCUGAUACUUGUCCGCAAAGUUAAAUUUCAUCUCUACUUCAUAAUUGCUAUCGUCAGUCCUUCAUGUUGUAUUUUUACGGUGUGAUACUUGAUUAAUGAAAGGCCUUAAAAUUCAUGUUUCGCUGGUCCUAAUUUUACCCAUCAGUAGCGAUGAUUAAUUUUGAAUUCUGUUGUGUAAUGUGUGUACUGUGACAAUGCUUACUGUACGAGUGGACGGUGUAUUUUGCAGCCUUGUACAGUUACACUGUACGUACCUACAGUUCAUGAAAAAUGUAAUUCUGUGUUAAUACAGACAGAAUUUCGAACAUAGUUAUAUAGCAUUAAGGUAUUGAUUCACUUUAUUGAAAUUGAAAACUUCUGUAUUUGUAAUUCAAGACAAAUCUAUUUGAUGUAAAACAACACAUAGAUGCUGGAAACCGAUUACAUAUAAAUUAAACAGCACUAGCUCUUUGGUGACAGUGUUGGGUGCCGCCCAUAUCAGUCCAAACAUUUUAUUACCAAUAUUAUUACUUUCGUUUGUAAGUAAUUUAAGGCAAUGCAAUUAAAAAACAGACAAACAAAAACAAAAACACCAUAAUGGUGUCAACAGCAGACAAUAUAUGUAGUAUAAAGGCUAGUAGUAUGUCCCAGUACAGGAUCUGUUGCCUACUACAUGUAAUGUGUUCAAAUUAUCUGUCUCAAUAGUAAAUAAAUCAAUAAUGAUGGUGUCAAGUUUAUUUUAUCUUCAUAUGUAAAUUUCUUUUCCUCUACCUCACCCUACUGCCUAAUAAACAUGACUCGAAUCAGGUCGCGCUGUAAAGAAUGGAUUAUAUUUCUCCACAGCACUUAUUAUGAGUGAAGUAGAGGAGUCUUUUAGUAGCGGUCUCUCUAGUACUGGAGCCAAGUCAGAUGAGUUACUUAAAAACUGCAGGCCAGUUAAGAUGAUUGUAGAGUCGGUAACAUAAAUUACUAAACUACCAGAGCCAAGUCAGACGGCUCCCUGUAUUGUAUUUCAAUGGUAAGUUAGUAUAUUUACAUUUCUACUGAACUUGGACUCAAUAUACCUACUUAACAUUUGAAGCGUUAUUUUUCAAUGAACUUUUCAGUUGGCGUAUGAAUACAUCAGCAUAUUAUCAACCUGAUUACUCUGUUAUUCCGCGGAGCACGGAAAGGAGUUCCAUUCAUAGAUUGUUUUCAUUUUUUUUUUUUUUUUUUCAAAAAUAUUCAAUUGAAUUCAAAAACUAAGUGUCAUCUUAAUUUGCUUAUUCAUCUUACCAGGACGACGUCUCACAGUGAGAGAUGAUGUCAUAAGUUUUGAUACCUUCCGUGGUGUUAGACUUGCACAAGACCGGUAUUUUUGAAAUUAUCCGAACAAAUAUCAAUAUCGCUCUGAAUGUAAAUAUAAG